AUGGGGGGUUCUUACGGGACGAAGCCCUUACGAGACUGUCUCAAUUACGGGACGGCUCACGGGACGAGCCUCCUUACGGGACUUUUACAGACCGAGACGGGACCGAGGCGUGUGCCGGACGACUCGUCAGGAGACGAGCCGGACUCUUACGGGACGGGGGCGCUUACGGGACGGGGCGCUUACGGGACGAGCCGCUUACGGGACGAGCCGGGCCCCUACACGACGGGGGGGCUGCUUACGGCCCUUACGGGACUCGUACAAUUACGGGACGGAGGCGCUUACGGGACGUGCCUCCUUACGGGACUCUUACGGGCGGAGGCCCUUACGGGACGAGCCGGACUCUUGCGGGACGGGGGUUCUUACGGGACGAGUCCCUUACGGGACUCUUGCAAUUGCGGGACGGAGGCGCUGACGGGACGAGCCUCCUUACGGGACUUUUACGAAACCGAGGCGGGACCGAGGCGCUUACGGGACGACCCGCUACGAGACGAGCCGGACUCUUACAGGACAGCCGCUUACGGGGCGGGGCGCUUGCGGGACGAGCCGCUUACAGGACGAGCCGGACUCAUGAGGGACGGGGGGACGGAAGCUCUCGUACAAUUACGGGACGGCGGCACCGAGGCGCUUACGGGACGUGCCUCCUUACGGGACUCUUACGGGCCGAGGCCCUUACGGGACGAGCCGGACUCUUACGGGACGGGGGUUCUUACGGGACGCAAUUACGGGACGGCUUACGGGACGAGCCUCCUCACGCGACUUUUACGAGACCGAGACGGGACCGAGGCGCUUACCGGACGACCCGGUAGGAGACGAGCCGGAGACUUACGGGACGGGGGCGCUUACGGGACGGUGCGCUUACGGGACGAGCCGCUUACGGACGAGCCGGACUCUUACGGGAGGGGCGCUCACGGGACGA